AUGAAGGCUGUUGUUUUUGACGAGCCUGGAGGUGCAGAGGUCCUCCAGGUUCGGGAGGUUCCGAUGCCUGAGGUUCGGGAAGGGGAGGUGCUGAUUCGUGUCGCUGCUACUGCUUUGAAUAGAGCCGAUAUCAUGCAACGCCUGGGAUCCUAUCCUCCACCUAAAGGUGCAUCACCCAUUCUUGGUCUAGAGUGCUCUGGCACUGUCGAGUCGGUUGGCUCUCACGUAACACGCUGGAAGGUUGGCGAUCAGGUCUGUGCACUGCUGGCUGGGGGUGGAUACGCCGAGUAUGUAUCAGUACCUGAGUCCCAGAUUCUUCCAGUGCCAGACGGUGUGCCGCUAGUGGACGCUGCAGCUCUACCGGAGGCUGCAUGCACGGUGUGGUCCACUGUCUUCAUGAUGGCGAAGCUGCAGCCUGGAGAGUCGUUUCUGGUGCAUGGUGGAUCCAGUGGUAUUGGUACAUUUGCUAUUCAGUUGGCGAAACUGCUCGAAAGUCGUGUCUUCUGUACAGCUGGCUCAACAGAGAAGCUGGAUCGGUGCCGUCAACUGGGUGCGAACGUAACAAUCAACUAUCGCAAGGAGGAUUUUCUGGCACGUGUCAAGGAGGAGACUAGUGGGAAAGGUGUAAAUGUGAUACUUGACAACAUGGGCGCUUCCUACAUGGAGAAGAACCUUUCUUGCCUGGCGGAGGAUGGCCGAAUGGUUGUGAUAGGCCUCCAGGGUGGUCGCAUUGGCAGUGUGGAUCUAGGACGCAUGUUGAUGAAGCGGCUUUCCCUGCAUUCUGCAGGCCUAAGGUCCAGACCACUGGAUCAGAAGACAGAGAUUGUGAGGGAAGUGGGGGCCAACGUUUGGCCACUCAUUUCCUCUGGACAAUUGAAGCCCAUAAUAUUUCAGGAGCUCCCCAUGGCAGAUGUGCAAGUUGCACACGCGUUGAUGGAGUCAAGUGUUCACAUUGGAAAAAUAGUACUAAUUCCGUGA